AUGUCAAGGACUGCAGAGGUGGAAGAAGCAAUCAAAGGCGGGAAAACCGCAGAGUAUUUCACGCAGCUGAGCGAACAGCUGCUGGACCUGGUCCGGCUGGUGCGCGGCGACAUCACGAAGCUGCAGAGGAUGAGCAUUGGAGCUCUCGUGGUGAUCGAUGUCCAUGCAAAGGACACCGUGGAGAAGCUUGCCAAGGAAAAGAUCGACGACUGCAUGUCCUUUGAGUGGAUUUCGCAGCUGCGGUACUACUGGGAGAUGGACGAUCGAAACUCUGAGAACAUGUGGGUCCGCAUGGUGCAGACUCCUUUCCCGUAUGGCUAUGAGUACUUGGGAAAUUCCUUCCGCCUGGUGAUCACUCCCCUCACAGACAUGUGCUACAUGACCCUGAUGGGUGCCCAGAGCCUGAACCUGGGAGGUGCACCGGCCGGGCCUGCUGGUACCGGCAAGACGGAGACGACGAAGGAUCUGGCCAAAGCACUGGCCAAGCAGUGUGUCGUCUUCAAUUGCUCGCCAGAAAUGGACUACCUCAUGGUUGGCAAGUUCUUCAAGGGCCUAGCAUCAAGCGGCGCUUGGUGUUGCUUUGACGAGUUCAACCGUAUCUACAUUGAGGUGCUCAGUGUCAUCGCCCAGCAGCUGCUCCAGCUUUUCAGCGCGAAGCGGGAGCUGACGUCGUACAACGACUCUGUGGAGCUGGAGUUUGACUCUACCUUGAUCAUGAUGCGGCCCACCUUCAACGUCUUCAUCACGAUGAACCCAGGUUAUGCAGGGCGAAGCGAGCUUCCCGACAACUUGGCUGCCUUGUUUCGACCCAUGGCCAUGAUGGUUCCUGACUAUGCCAUGAUCGGCGAGAUCAGCUUCUACGCGUUCGGCUUCGAAAAGGGGCGGCAUCUGGCAAAGAAAAUGGUCACGACCUUCCAGCUCUGCAGUGAGCAGCUUUCUGCCCAAAGCCACUACGACUACGGCAUGCGAGCUGUCAAAACUGUGAUUGAAGCCGCUGGCCUCAACAAGCGCAAGUAUCCGGACCAAAGUGAGGGUCAGAUCCUGCUCAGAGCCCUGCAAGAUGUCAAUGUGCCAAAGUUCCUGAAGGAUGACCUUCCGCUGUUUUACAACAUCAUCUCGGACCUCUUCCCAGGCGUGGAAAAGCCCGCCAUCGACUAUGGGAAGUUGGAUGAGAUGGCAAAGGAGAAAUCCAAGGACACGAAUCUGCAGCCAACAGAGUAUUUCAUUAAGAAGCAGUUCGAGCUCUUUGACAUGAUCCAGGUUCGUCAUGGCAUGAUGCUUGUCGGGCCAACCGGUGGUGGAAAGACCUGUUGCUAUCGCACGCUGCAGGCGGCUUGCACGGCCUUGGUGGAUCCGAAGGAUGGGGAGUCCCCUUUCCAAAAGACACACGUGCACGUGCUCAACCCCAAGGCCAUCACCCAGAACCAACUCUACGGAGCUUUCGAUGAGGUGACGCGGGAGUGGUCCGAUGGAGUAGCUGCGGAGCUGAUCCGCAAUGCCACCCGCGACAACCACAAUCCGGACCAUCACUGGGUCAUGUUUGAUGGGCCCGUGGAUGCUUUGUGGAUCGAAAGCAUGAACACAGUCUUGGACGACAACAAGAAGCUUUGCCUGGUCAGUGGCGAGAUCAUUGCACUGACAGCCAAAAUGCGGAUGCAGUUCGAAGUGGAGGAUCUAGAAGUGGCAUCGCCCGCGACCGUCUCUCGUUGUGGGAUGAUCUACAUGGAGCCAGAGAGUCUGGGCUUUCAGCCGUUCUUCGACUCCUGGCUGGAGGCGUUGCCCGAGACCUUCUCCUUCAAGCCAAUCCUUGCUCAGACCUUGCGGAGAUUGCUCGAGGAAGUCGUGCCGCCUUGCAUCGCCUACGUGAACAAGAAGACGGUCAGAUGUGCCCCGGGCUCACGCACCUACAAGCCCAUGUUCAGCCAGUUCAGCCUGCCAGAACACAUGGCCUCUCAAGCUGGUUUUGGGAAGGCCUUGUUCAAGCUGAUGGACUGCUACUUCGUGAACUAUCAGCCGACGGAGCUGAAGCCUGCGGCUUGUCGAGGGCUCAGCCCGAAAACUCGCAGGGCAGAGGGCUGCAGACAGAUGGCGGUGUCGAACUUGGUCCCUCUCUUCUUCUUCUGCCUGAUCUGGUCUGUUGGAGCUACAUGUGAUGCGAAGAGCCGAAAGGGCUUUAAUGACCUGGUCUGGGCGACGGUGAAUGAAGAUUUGCGGCCAUCGAUAGUCGAAGAGUUGGAGAAAGCAUUCCUAACGGCCCCGCCAGUGCAGCCAGACGUGGAGCUGCCCGGACUGGAGCCCGGGGAGAUGCUCUACGACUACUUCUACGACCAGGAGAAGAAGCAGUUCGUACCAUGGAUGACUACCAUCCCGAAGUUCGAGGUCCCUCGUGGGGCGAAGUACGAGGAGAUCGUGGUGCGCUUGGUGUACAUCUUCCAGCUGCUGGUGCUGAACGACAAGCAUGUCCUUUGUCCGGGGCCCACUGGUACCGGAAAGAGCGUCAACAUCUCGCUGUGGCUUCAGAAACAGGCGCCGGAAAAUUACCAAGGUGUCUUCAUCAAUUUCUCAGCGCAGACACACGUGAACCAGCUGCAAGACCUCAUCGACUCGAAGCUUGAGAAGCGGCGACGCGGUGUAUAUGGACCGCCUGCAGGGAAGAAGAUGCUGGCAGCUGCCCAGGACCUGAACAUGCCUCUCAAGGAGUACUACGGGGCACAGCCUCCGAUCGAGCUUAUCCGACAGUGGCAUGAUCACGGAGGUUGGUACAAUCGAAAGGAGCUUGUGAAGCAGGGGCCUCAGCUGAGAAGCGGAAUCCACCGGUUCAACAUCAUUGAUGUGGUCAUGGUUUCGGCCAUGGGACCUCCGGGUGGUGGACGAACCUUCAUCACAGAGCGCUCUUUGGAUGCAAGCCUCGCGGUAAUAGUCCGGAUAGGAGAGCGGAGCUCCGAUUUGCUUAGGACGGCGUACUCUGACUUGUCGGAUGUCCUGCCUCCGUUGCUUUCAUCCACGGGCGCGGUCCUGCGAUGCUCGGCCAGCACAUGGCAGGUGUCCAUCAAGCACAUUUUCGAUGUGAUCUCCAAGUAUUUCUUCGCAGUGGGGCAUAGACAUGAACCCAUGGCUUCCGGUGCCCUUAGCCUCGAUGACUACAAGCAGCUGGUGCGAGAGGCGAUGCGCCGAGAUGGUGUUCACUCCAAGUUCCUAGAGGUGCCCUUCAAGGAAUCCAUGCCAGAAACGUUCAGUGGGCACAACCUGCCUCUCGGCCUGUCCGAAACCGUUGAGCCCUGCGAGUUCUUCAAUGGAACCUCCUCGCAGAAGGACACAUAUCUGGAGGAGCUUCUUCGCAAAAGCGGGCCGGAGGUUAACCUGUUGUGCAUGGACUGGGGUGUUCAGCCCUUGUAUCACUCCGACCCGACUCGUUUCGCCCUGGACCCCAAACAGCUCUUGCCGUUGACAUUGAAGGGCUUGGCCCCCUCGCAGAAGGAGGAGCGGGGGCUGGAGCUCAAGAAGAUGUAUAAUCCAGACCUGGAUGGCAAAGGGACGGGUCAACUGACGGUUAACGAGAAGGCGAUCGUCGGGGCUGAGCACCGGCUCUUUCGAGUGGUGUGGUUCGUGGCCCUUCUCAAGCCCGACAUCAUCUGCCUGCAGGAGCUCGACAACUUCACGUUCCUUUCCAAAGAGCUGCAGAAGCUCGGGUAUGCCUGCAGCAGCCCGGAUGCCGAAGCCUACGUCCCUCUUAAGGAUCGGACUGGAUCGACCUACAGCGAGAAGCUCGCCUCCUCGUCCUGGGCCUUCGCUCCCAAGACCGGCUUCAAGAAGGGCAAGAGCACGGCCCGGCAUUUCUUGGAGAAGCGCGUGGCAGACGGGCGGUUCCAUGGGCAAGAUGCGUGGCCAGUGGACGACGACGGGCAAGCGAUUUUUUGGCGAGCAGAUCGUUUCCAGAUGGUUGGCAAGCCUGAGUUCCAGACUUUGCCGGGAGAUCCGGACAUCGAUGCCUUUGUGGAGGGCACGUCCGAAGUCCCAGGUCCAGCGGAACGGACAGUGAAGUCCGGCGAAUUCAGCAGCUGCAUCCUUAGUGCUCUUGUAGGGAUCUUCAUCAAGGCUGCACCACUUGGGCCAAUGUUGGGGUCGCAGCGGUCUGCCGGAGAUUUGGCCACCUAUCGGUCCAUGGAUGCGAACACCGAGCUAGACUUCGAUGAUGCGGACUCCUGGCAUUCCAGGGCAAGCCUCUUGCAGCGUACCAAGAACCACGCCCAGGAUUUGCGAAGCAUCUGGGAGGAGUUCUACAGCAGUACGCGUGACAUGUGGAACCCACCCGUCUCCGUGUGGAAGAUGCGAGGGAGUGCUUCUGCACAGCCCAAGAAGGUCGGGGAGGACAUGUACCAGCUCAUUGACCACAUCUUCUACGAUGGUCGCCACCUCUUCCAGCUUGGCGAGCAGGCACUGCGUCUCCGAGAGAAGUGCCUUGGGCACUGCAUGGUAAAGGAUCAUGCAGACCGCGACUGGUUGGCGCUAAUGCCAAAUGAGCUUCUCCCGUCAGAUCAUCUUCCCAUCGUGCCGUGGGACUUCCAGCUGCAAAUCAAGAGCCCGCGCAUCGAGUCGACCGUGCUUUUGAGCACCGCAGAGCAGCUUUUCAACCAGCUGAUGAGACCUUGGCUAAAGCCAGAUGAUGAGACCCUUGUCGAGAUCGAGGCAUUGUUUAAGCCUCUGUAUUUUGCAGGCGCACUGACAGCUAAAACUGAGCUGGGGCAGCUGCCUGACGCUGCCAUUGACAUCUUCCAUGCGCUCAAGACCCUCUCUCGCAAGUAUGUGGGUCCUUGGUUCUGCGGGAAGAUCGCUGACGAGGCAAAGGUCGUACUUAGCUACGAGCUGGUCUACGGCACCUCCAGGUUGGAGGACUUCCGCGAAAGAAUCAUUGCGGCCACCGGCCGUCACCAGUCAAAGGCGACCUACGAAGCUGGUGGCAAGAAGGAAUGCUGCCUGGUGGAGGCUCUCCUCUUCUCUGCGGCGGCGGUGGUCGCCGCCGGCCAGUGGGUGGACCAUGCGAGAAAACAGACCUCCUGCAUGGACAAUUCGAAGCUUCGUUUCGUCAAUGUGGGGACGCAGCUGCUCGGUGAUGUCCGAAAUUUGAUCACCCUGGCUGCGAUGCGCUGCAUCAUGAGAACUUUCACGGCCGUGCCGAAAGCAGAUGAGCAAUGUGUGGAGAUUAUGAGCAAGGGCCAGCUCUGGGCCCUCCUGGCCCAGCUCACGAGCACCAUCGCACCAAGCUGUCAUCACAUGGUGGUGGCAUUGGACAACGAUGGCUUGGUUGAUCCGAAAGACAUGAACGGGCUGCUGGGCGAGAUCGGCGAGCAGCUUGCUUCUAGGCAGUGCGCAACAGGAUCGCACGUGGCAGCUGCCGUGAAGAUGCUUUUCCAGGCAAUCGAGUCAGGCAAAAUACCGUUCUUGGAGCAGCACAUGAACAACGUUCCGGAGGAGCCGCCGGCGGGCAGCGCAUCGGAUGCCAUCAAGUUGCUUCGAACCGGAAGCAACAGCCCGAAGCCAUCGCUGCUGAAGAACACACCCUUGGUGUUUCGGUGUGAGACAGAGAGAGUAAUACAGGAGUUCUUGCACAAGCAGACCUUUGAUCAGUCUGCUGCCAUUGCCGCCUUGUCAGCCCUGGCCAUGUCCGGAAACCUCGACUCCGGGGGAGGCUUAGCUCUGAUGCUGGAGUCCCUCCAGCGCCAGAUUGCCCUGGUCCAAGGCAGCCAGGUACCCGAACGCCAGGCCAGGGCCCUGAGAAGACCUCCUCCCUGGGUGGUGGCCUCCUUCGUGCGCCGGGCAGUGGUGACCGCCUGUGAGAGCUUAGAGCCGAUUGUGUCAGUGCAGAAGCUCCACGUGCAUGAGCAAGCGAAGAAGAGGGCAAAAGUGAAUCCCGUGGAGGAGCUCAUCCAGGCCUUGAUUGAGCUGCCUCAAGACGGGAUCCAGUCUCAAGCCCACACCUUCGGACGUGAAGCUGUGCCAGCGUUGUGGGCCCGCUGCGUUGUUGUCCCCCAUGGUGGCAAGGCCCAGAGCUUUGCACCCUCUGCCUGGCACGACGCUCGGGAAGCCAGGAGUGGCAGCGACCGGAUUCGAGAUGUACUGCGAUGCUUGGAGUCUCGCCUGAAUUCGGCAUGUGCGGGUCUCUUUUGCCGUGGCAGUCACGUGCCGGUGGCCAUCUCUGAGGCAUUGCUGCCAGCCGAUGAUCUCCAGCGCUGGAAAACUCACUUGAAUCGGGCCAUCUGCUCCAGUGCCGCCUUGCCUGAAAGGGGAUCCCUUGCUCUCAGGUCCCGGGCAGUUGUGGAAGAGCCGGAGGGAGGGAGUGUUCAGGUGCGCGUGGUGGUGGAGAGCUCGCCUGGUCGUGAGCCAGAGGAAGAGGAGAGGAGUGUAGAGAGCAUUUUGACAGAGGCCGCAAGGAAGACCCAUUCGAAAAGAAGUUGGGAUGCCAUUGCACCUUGGCUUGCGGCCGUCCAGGGGCCAACAGGUGCUCGCAUCUCGAUGCCCGUCGGGCUUUCGUCCGCGUGUGCGAAACGGGACCGGGCUGCGGUGCCGUGGGAUCGGGAGGCGGAGAAGGAGCUAUGGCACCCUGCCGAACGUGAGAUCAGAAGCCAGAAGUCCUUCGACCUGAGCAAGAUAUUGGACGAAAUUGAUAAGUUCGAGUUCGUGAAGACCUUGCACCGUGCUCAGAGCAGGAAAAGGAGUGUCGACACUCACGGAGACACUUGCCAGCCUGCCAUCGUGAAUCUGAGUACGGAUGGCCGGCAGGCAUUGAACGACCUGCUGCCCACACCAGCGAAGUCCCACUACCUCUUCAACUUGCGUGACAUCUGGAAGGUCUUCCUUGGUCUUUGCAGCCUCAGCUCCAAGAAAUCCAACAAUCCCCUGACCGUGACCCGGUGCUGGGCUCAUGAGAUCCAACGAGUCUUCGGGGAUCGACUGACGGACAGCCAAGACCUGCAGUGGAUGAAGACGCAGGUCGAGGGCGCGGUGAGCCAGGAUCUUGAGCAAAAGCUCGAAGUCAUCUUCAACAAGGAGCGCCUCAUCUUUGCAUCUUUCCUGACCCAGGAGGUGGAGAAUCGGACCUAUGACGAGAUCACAGACAUGCAGGCCAUGAAGCAGGCGAUUGAAGAAUAUCUGGAAGACUACAAUCAGGUCUUCUCGAUCACCAUGCCACUUGUCAUGUUCCUUGAUGCCUGCGAGCACUGCGCGCGCAUUUGUCGUGUCCUGAGCCAGCCCAAUGGCAACGUCCUGUUGCUCGGGGUUGGUGGAAGUGGACGGCAGAGCCUGACACGCCUGUCAGCGUACAUGAAUGAAGCAGACUGCUUCCAGAUUGAGGUGGCGAAAGGUUAUGGGAUGACGGAGUUCAAGGACGACGUCAAGAAGUGCCUGAUGAAAUGCGGCGUGGAGGACAAGGUUCAGAUCUUCUUGUUCUGUGACACCCAGAUUGUCAAGGAAGACUUUGUCGAGGCCAUCAACAAUGUCCUGAACAGCGGCGAUGUGCCAAACCUUUAUGCCAAUGAAGAUUUCGAAGCCAUCUCCUCAUCCUGCCGCCAGCUCUGCCAGUCGAUGGGAAUGCAGCCCACAAAGGCAAACCUCUUCAGUGCCUAUCUGAGUCGGGUGAAAAAGAAUGUCCACGUGACACUGGCUUUCUCUCCUGUUGGCGACAGCUUCAGAAAUCGAUUGCGAAGCUUUCCAUCGCUGGUCAACUGCUGCACGAUUGAUUGGUUCCAUGAGUGGCCGGCCGAAGCGCUCUACUCUGUGGCGAAGCAGCAGAUCACCGGGCAGAGCGUUGAGCUUCCCAACCUCGAGGGCUCCUUGAAGAUGUUCCAGACCAUCCACCAGAGUGUCGAGACGUCGUCAAGAAGCUUCUUGAAAGCGACCAAUCGCCACGUUUAUGUCACGCCGACCUCCUUCCUAGAGUUGCUGAACAGCUUCGUCGGCAUUCUUGCAGACAAGCGCAAACAGGUUGGCAUGCUGCAGCACAGGUAUAGCGUUGGUUUGGGCAAGAUCGGGGACGCCGAAGAGCAAGUGGCAGGACUUCAGCAGAUGCUGGUUGACAAGAAGCCUAUGCUGGAAAAGACGCAAAAGGAAGUCGGCGAGAUGAUGGUGGUGAUCACGAAGGACAAAGGGGAGGCUGAAGAAGUGAGCAAGGCCGUUGCGGCGGAAGAGGCUGCCGCGUCGGUGAAGGCCGAGGAGACCCAAGCCAUCAAGGACGAUGCCCAGAGAGACCUGGACGAGGCUUUGCCGGCCUUGGACCAAGCGGUGGAGUGCUUGAGGAAGCUGAAGAAGGAGCACAUCCAGGAAGUCAAGGCACUUGCAAAUCCACCUGCUGGUGUACGGCUCGCCUGCGAAGGCGUGUGCAUUAUGUUUCAGCUGAAGCCAGUGAAGAAGCCUGACCCGAGCAAUCCUUCGAAGAAGAUCGAGGACUAUUGGGAGACUUCGCAGAAGCAGGUCCUUGUGGAUGCAAAGAAGCUCCUGGAAGACCUCAUGGACUUUGACAAGGACAACAUCCCCGACAAGGUCAUCCAGACGAUCGGGCCCUACAUCGACAGAGAGGAUUUCGAUCCUGCAGCAAUCAAGAAGGCCUCCAUCGCUUGCGAGGCCUUGUGUUUGUGGGUCCGUGCGAUGUACAAGUACCACUUCGUCGCCAAAGCCGUCGAGCCGAAGCGGAAGCUCCUCAAACAGGCCGAAGCCGAACUUGCAGAAUGCCAGGAGAAGCUGGAUGCCGCCCAGUCCCAGCUGCGACAAGUGCAGAACAAAAUCGCAGCCUUGGAGGCCGAUUUCAAUGGAGCCGUGGAGAAGCAGAAGGAGCUCCAAGAUGACAUGAACCUCUGCGAGGUGAAGCUGCAGCGAGCGCACAAGUUGAUUGGUGGCCUCGGCGGAGAGAAAGCGCGAUGGGGACAGAAUGUUCAGGACCUCAACGCACAGCUGGGACUCCUGCCCGGUGACUGCAUCGUGGCUGCUGGCAUGGUCUCCUACGCAGGACCCUUCACCUCGCAGGUCCGAAGCGACUGCGAGGAACUCUGGCGAAAGGAGUUGACGGAGCUGGAAAUGGCCCACACAAAAGGAUGCAGCAUGUCGACCGUGCUUGGGGAUCCAGUAAAGAUCCAGCAGUGGGUGGUCUGCUCCUUGCCGAACGACCAGCUGUCCAUCGAAAACGGCAUCAUCAUCGACCGUGCGAGGCGCUGGCCCCUGAUGAUCGACCCGCAGAGACAGGCCAACAAAUACAUCAAGAACAUGGGCAAGGACACCGAAACGGGGAUCGAUGUUUGCAAGCUCAGUGAGAAGAACUUCUUGCGAACGUUGGAGCUUGGCAUCCAAUUCGGCAAGUGGAUUUUGCUGGAGAACAUUGGCAUCAACCUCGACCCUGCGUUGGAACCAGUGCUCGGCCAGCAGAAGGUCAAGGAUGGUUCCGGCUAUGUCAUCAAGCUCGGUGACAAGUCCGUCACAUACACAGAGACUUUCAAGUUUUUCAUGACAACGACUUUGCCGAAUCCACACUACUCGCCAGAAACCUCCGUCAAGGUGACUCUGCUCAAUUUCGCCAUCACACCGAGUGGACUCGAGGAUCAGAUGCUGGGAAUUGUGGUGGCAAAAGAGCGUCCGGAUCUCGAAGAAGAGAAGAACAAUCUCGUGGUCCAGAAUGCCAAAAACAACAAGAUCUUGAAAGACAUUGAGGAUGAUAUCCUUCGGCUCCUGGCCACGAGCGAGGGCGACGUGCUGGAAGACGACACCUUGGUUGACAAGGUGACGGAUUCCAAAGCGGUCUCAGACGACAUCAACGAAAAGAAGAAGGUGGCAGAGGUGACGGAGAAGAACAUCGAUGCGGCACGCGAGAGCUAUCGACCUGUGGCUUUCCGAACUGCUGUGCUGUUCUUCUGCAUCGUGGAGCUGACGAACAUUGACCCUAUGUAUCAGUACAGCCUGCAGUGGUUCCAAAAGCUUUUCACGAUCGCUAUUGAUACGUCUCCGAAGUCAGAGGACUUCGAAGAGCGCCUCGGGAUAUUGAAGAGCUUCUUCACGGAGGCGUUGUAUCAGUCCAUCUGCCGUGGCCUCUUCGAGAAGGACAAGACGCUUUUCUCCUUCGCCCUCUGCACCAGCAUUCUGCGAGGCGACAAGCUCUUGGACGACGGAGAGCUGCGAUUCUUGCUGGUCGGUCCGACGGCAGACUUGGUGGAGAAAGGGCCGCCGAUUCCGGAGGAGUGGGUGGGGAAACCGCGGUGGAACGAAAUCCUCACGCUGUCAACGCUUCCAGCUUUCGCCGGUUUCUCUGACUACUUUGCUUCGCAUGUGUCUGACUUCAAGAAGCUCUACGACUCUGUAGAAGCUGACAAAGAGCCAGUGCCGGGGGAGUGGGAAGCCAAACUCACCCCCAUGCAGAAGAUGUGCUUCAUCCGGGCCAUGCGUAUUGACUGCUUGAAGUCAUCGGUGAUCACAUUCAUCUCGCAUCAGAUCGGUCAAGCAUUUGUCGAGCCACCCACUUUUGACAUCAGCAAAUCCUUUGCCGACUCCGUGAACACGACACCGUUGAUCUUCAUUCUGUCACCAGGCACUGAUCCAGUCUCAGACGUCAUCGCCUUCGCUGACAAGCUUGGCAUGCUGAAGCGAUUUGAGUCGAUUUCCUUGGGGCAGGGGCAAGGGCCCAAGGCAAUGAAGCUCAUCGAAAAUGCUCAGGGCAGCGGCGGAUGGGUCUUGCUUUCAAACUGUCACCUGAUGGAGUCUUGGAUGCCCACCUUGGAGGCUGUCGUGGAGCAGUUCAACCCUGACAACAUGCAGACCAGCUUCCGUCUGUGGCUCACAUCCAUGCCCGCCAAGUCCUUCCCGGUGCAGGUGCUGCAGAAUGGAGUUAAGAUGACGAAUGAGCCGCCCUCUGGGCUGCGGGCCAACUUGCUUCGCUCAUACUCUGCGCUCUCGGACGAACUCUUCAAGGAGUCGAACAAGCCGGAGAUCUUCAAGACAUUGCUCUUCGGCUUCUGCUUCUUCCAUGCGGUUGUCCAGGACAGGCGCAAGUUUGGGCCGAUAGGCUGGAACAUCGCUUAUGGCUUCACACCGGAAGAUCUGCAAGUCUGUCGGCAGCAGCUCAUGCUCUUCGUCAACCAGUACGAGCAGGUGCCUUAUAAAGUCUUAAACUUCCUUGGCGCGAAGAUCAACUAUGGUGGUCGCGUCACGGACGACAAGGAUAAGCUGCUGAUCUCCACGAUCCUUCAGACUUUCAUUUGUCCGGAGUCGGUGGAGCAAAAGGAUGGUUACAAGUACUCAACGAGCGGCCUCUACUAUGCCCCAGCUGCAGAGACGAUGGAAGAGUUCAUCACCUACAUUAAAGGCUUGCCUCUGUAUCCCAUGCCCGAAGCCUUCGGCUUGCACGAGAAUUGCAACAUCACUUGUGCCCAAGACGAAGCAUUGAAGCUUCUGACGGGGAUGCAAAGCAUGGUGUCCUUGAGCUCUGGUGGUGGCGAGGGAGGGUCCGCAGAUUCAGUAAUGGAUGAUACUGCAGCAUCGAUUCAAGAUCGACUGCCGAAACCAUUUCCUUUGGAUGUCUGCGAAACCAAAUUCCCAACACUGUAUGAAGAGUCCAUGAACACGGUGGUCAAGCAAGAAUGCCUUCGAUACAACAAGCUGAUCUGGUCAAUGACAAGCUCUCUGAAAGAUUUCCGAAAAGCCAUCAAAGGGCUCAUCGUCAUGACUGCUGAGCUGGAAGCUGCCGGCAAGUCUUUGUUUGUCAACGAGGUUCCAGAGAUGUGGUCCAAGAAGGGUCCUUUGUCUUUGAAGCCCCUGAGCAGCUGGUACUUGGACAUUCUUGCACGCGUUGGGUUCUUCCAGAUGUGGUUCGACCUGGGGCAUGCGCCACCCGUCUUCUGGAUCAGUGGCAUCUUCUUCCCACAAGCGUUUUUCACGGGAGCGAUGCAAAACUUUGCCCGGAAAUAUGGGGAGGAGAUUGACCUCCUCUCCUUUAGCCAGCACACGAUGGAUCACAUCAGCGAUGCCAAGGCGCAGUUGACGACGCCUCCCGACGAUGGGGUGUAUGUUUACGGCAUCUUCUUGGAGGGAGCGCGUUUCGACAACACGACCCACCAGCUCGAGGAGUCGCGUCCGAAGGAGCUCUUCACCGAUCUGCCUCCGCUGCAGUUUCUGCCAGUCAAGAAUCGCGUUCCUAACGCCGCAGACUAUCGGUGCCCAUGCUACAAGGUGGUAUCGCGGAAGGGAACUCUCCUGACAACAGGGCACUCGACGAACUUCGUGCUGUAUAUCGAGGUGAAGACGGACCAGGUCGUAGACAAAUGGAUCAAGGCAGGAGUGGCCGCUUUCCUGGCAUUGAAGUACUGA